GGGGCGCAGUUCGGUAACUCGACUUCCUGAGCAGACGGAAGCUGUGUGUGAACUCCAUGGUGCUCACAGCGUCCAUUGGCGUUGAGCGUCCAGAGCAGUCCAGUGUCUGAACUGACCGUUUUAAACAUGAGCCGUAAGAGGAGCCAUGGCUUCAUCGAAACGGGACAGUCCUCCGAGUCUCAGCCCGCCCUGCUGGAGGCCGUCGGCUCCUCGGCUCGCUCCGAGGAGAGCUUCUCCGAGCUGGAGACCGAGGAGGAGCUGCUGUGCUCCGUCAGCCAGAUCACGGAGCACCUCGGCAGGAACAUCACGGUGGUGCUGGAAGCGGCCCUGUCGGAAAUCAGGAAAAUCGUGAGCGUGCGGAUAAGGGUCCUGAAGGUGGAGCUGCGGGAGAAAACCGAGGAGAUAGAGCUGCUGAAGGCGCGGCUGGAGUGUGUGGAGAGAGACGGCAGGGGGGAGCUGGGUCUGUCGGGUCUGGACGCGGCCGCCUUCUCCAGGAGAGCAGAGCUGCUGGGGCAGAAAUACGCCUCGGAGCAGAAGAAGGCGAAAACCGGAGCGCCGGUGGUCAAGAAGGAGAACAUCAACGCCAUCUGUGACUAUCUGAUGAAGGAUAAGAACGCGCGCGGCGGCGGCGCUGAAGUGGACAGUGAGCAGCUGAGUCAGAGCGGAGCGGAGCCCGAGAGGAGCCUGUGGACGGACGGCGGGAUGGGGGCUGGAGCAGCCGCAGAGCCGGGGAGCGACGCGGGGGCCGAGGACCUGUUCAGCAUGCUGCCUUCAGGGAGCAAACGGCUCUACGACUACGAGUGGAUGGCAGGAGUGGAGCUCAACUCGGCGGACUUUAAAGGUGAGUCUGAGUCAAAGUGUGAGAAUGUCACAGCUGCCAGAGAGGCUGACGAAGAGGUAGAAGAGUCAGAAGAAGGGAGAGGAGGACUGGGUCUGGUCUCUGACACGCCUUCUGCUUCCUUUCCUCUGGAUACUCACGCCUCUUCAGGGGAUGACAGGAGCAGCCCUGUGGGGGACAGUAUGGACAGAUUAGAUCCAGGACAGCACUUCUCUGCUCACACCUUUAUUUGUCCAUUCUGUGGAACUCUCUGCCCCGACUCCACGUUCUUGGAGGAGCACAUGAAGCUGAUGCAUCGGGACGAGAGCAUGCAGGCCAUGCAGUCCACCUCCUCCGCAUCCCGUGUUGAAGGCGCUGACGGUGAAGCAGGACGGGCUGCGGGGGGCUCGGAGGUUCCACCGGUUCGGGUUCCCAGGGAGAGGAAGGUGGAGGGGGGCUAUGAGUGCGGUGACUGCGGUCGUCACUUCAACUACCUGGGCAAUCUGAGACAACACCAGCGCAUCCACACCGGUGAGAAGCCUUUUGUGUGUCCCGAGUGUGGAGAGCGCUUUCGACACGCCGCUCGCCUCAAGAGCCACCGGCUGAGCCACAGCGGUGCCCAGAGCCCCUUCCCUUGCCCUCAGUGUGGGAAAGGCUUCCCCGUGCUGUCCGGACUCAAACGGCACCAGCGUGUGCACACAGGCGAAAGCCCCUACGCCUGCCCCCAGUGCGGCCGGCGCUUUAAAGAGCUAGGCAACCUGUACACACACAUGCGCAUUCACAGCGGUGCUACACCCUAUUCCUGUUACCAGUGUGGUCGAAGCUUCCGCCAUUUAGGUACUUACAAAAGCCACCGCUGCACUCCUGCUACACAGCUGCCCAGUGGCCACAGUCCAGCAUGGGCUCAGGAGGACAAGGUACAGACGGGCUGAUGGAGCCAUCCUGGCUUUUUUUUUUAGAUGUGGUACUACAGAGCUGUGUUACUUCUUCAAAAGCAGUUUGAGGAAUAGCUGGACUCACUGCUUAAGACAGCUUUUUGGGUUGUGGAGAACAUUUUAGAAACACAACAAAGAUGAGGCCCACUACUGUUCUCUUACAGAUGGUGCAGAAAAGCUCACAUUUCUUCACUAGUACAGGUGAAUUUGAAGGAAUUUUCCAACAUUUUUCAACCAGUCUCCUCAUUUUCAGCUUUCUGUCAGUGUGUGGUACUGUUGAUUACCAUGGAGAGUAAUAGACACUUUUCCCUGUACUGAGAAAGGAACACGAAAACUCAUUGACUCAAAACACACAUACAGUAGAAGACAGUGGACAGUUCAUAACCGUCGCCGCUAAGACUGCAGGCCUUAAGAUAGCGGCCUAUAGCCUUGGUCCUGGAGAUCUACCUUCCUGCAGAACUGAGUUCCACCCACAAUUUGCUACAUCCGCUCCAGCUAAUCAACCUGUUCCCAAGUCCCUGAUUGGCUGAAUCUGAUGUAUUAGAGUUAAGGGAGGGGUGGGGCAGCUUAUUAGAUACAGGUUGGAACUAAUUCUGCAGAGAAGUAGCUCUCUAGGACCAGGAUUGGAGACCACUGCCUUAAGAUGAGAGGGACAAGACUUUCUGAUCAAAAAGGGCUGAAUCAUUGGGGAGAAAGAUCUAAUUGUGAUUUUUCUAGAAAUUAAGUUUUAGUCUGUUUUUUCCCUAAGAAGAUGAGCACAUGCUUUUUUUUAAUCAAGGCUUGCACACAGAAUCUGGUGUGCUAGACUGGCAGUUUACAAGCUCUGCAUUAUGUUAGAUUUUCUGUGCUUAGAACUUGUUAAGACUGUUGAAUAGUGUAAGCUAUAAUUACAAUUGCAGCUCUUACAAUUUGUAAAUUCUAAAUAUUUCAGCCAUAUUUUGAAAUCUGUUCAGGUACCUUUGGCUGAUGGAUUCAUGAAAUGGAUUUCACACAAACAUUCACUGACCAAGCAGCUGCCUCAUGACUUGAGUUCUGAGUCAAUAGGUUUUGUGUUCUUUUCCACUUAUAGAGUUGUCCACUUUAAUGGAACACAUACUAAGGGUGUGACCGAUGGAGAUGAAAUUACUGAAGUAUUCCUUUACGCACCUGAUUAAAGAACAGAACGGUGAUUCAUGCAGAGCACGAUGGGGUCAUAAAGCAGAGCACGCCGCCAGUUUGGAGUUAAUGCAGCACCCGUUUGUGUAAUCAGUCUGUUGCUUUUGCACUGGUUUUAUUUAGAGACUUAUGGCAUUAAAACAUUCUCACAUCAAAUAUGAGCUGCUUAUAUCAAACAUGGACUAGAAUUUGCAUGUUCAUCUGUGAGAGUACGUCACUCAUGUUGCUUUUCAUUUUGAAAGCUUUUUGAAUUUGUUCUAUUUGUUGUUAGAAUAAAAUUGAAAACGGUCCUAUCACACUAUACAACCGCAGGCUUUUUUUCUGCUUCAGUUCUGCCAAUGACCUGAGUUUAAAAGCUGUGGAGCCUAUUGUGCUUUAAGUGUCCUUGUUUUUCAAGCGAGUGCACAAAAGAAUAGUGCUGCCACCCUCUGGACUGUGUGUGUUACUGUAUCAACUGCUUCAGUUGUUUUUUGGCAAUAAGCUGAACCGCCUGUCGCGAUAAUUAGUGUUAUCUUUACCAGUUUACUACUUUUAAUGAUAAUUGUGAAAUUUACACUAUUAACAUGCUGUUUCUUUGAAUUUUUCAAAUAUGGCCACCCUUUUAAUAUCUAAGCAUAAUCUAUAAUGUGAAAAAUGUGUGGAAAGCAAAACCGUUGAAUAUUACUUUUGCAACAAUGUAAAGACUGUUAUGUAAAUAUUUUACAUGAUGAGGAAGGCAGCACUUCAGGUGUUGCAAAAGCAAGUACAUAAUAGGACUUUUAUCAAAAAUGAUGCUCAGUUUAUCUCAGUAUAUAAUUGUAUGACUGUUAAAUAAGGAGAUACAAGCUGUCAGUGAUUAAAAUGGUACAUUUGACUGGUCUUUACUAGUCAUUGCCAACAUAAUUGUAACUCUAAUAAACAUUCAUGUUCUAAGAUCCA